CUCGACAACCAAGAUAAACGGUUUGCCUGAAAAAAUCGCGAACAGAGAAAAAGCAGCUGACGGAGCCAGCCGCACGUGUGCGAUCGACACGAAUCUCAGAUCGACCAAAUUGUCCGCUCUAGCGUGAGUUUGCACCGAGUUGCGCAUUACCCGUAUGAAACCUUCCCUGUCUCCUCACUCUCUCGCGCAUUUUUCCACUUUUUUGGGAAACGAGACUUGCUCGCAGAGACGUUGCUCUGUAGAUUUCUCUUUAGUUCGACGAAAAGUACUUUUCCUACAGUUAUAUAACAGUUAUGGUAGUAAUAACGUAGAUACGAUGUAAAUAAACAAGGCGAACUGAGUAAUGCAAAUUUGAUAUAAUUGUAGCGUAAGUGGGAAUGCAGCAAGUAAUUCGAAAACGAUAGAAACGCGCAGCGUAGACAGCAACGCGCGGAGGGGUUUCGACGGAGUGUGGAAGGAAGGAGGAAGGCCGCAUAGAGAAGAGAGUGGUGGAAGUUGGUUGGGCGAACGAUCGCGCGGUGCAUGGAUCUCGAUCCGUGUGCACCUUCUGCGAUCCAAACGGAAUCGUAGCCUACCUCGUACUAAACGGAACUGACCCAGCUUCGUGGCUUUGUACCCUUCGUUGAUCCGUCUGUCUCUUUUUCUCUGCCAGUCAGUCGAUCCCUCGCUCGCUCGCUCGCUCUCUCCCCUCUCUUUCGCCGCUUCUUUUCAUCUUUGUCCGGUAUUGCCGGUGCACGAGGCCUCUCUCUCUGUCCUUCGCCCCUUGACAUUCUCCCACCGCCGACGAGACACCCUCGAGAAGUUUCAAUUUAUACUGAAAGUCGUCAUGACCGAAUCUACAAAUACGUACACUCGCUCGCGUUCCUAGUCCAUUCAUAUCAGCUGAGUGCACGUAAACGUUACCGUAUCGUUCUUGGUCCGUGAUCGCGUACGAGCGGUUCGUCGAACCGCUCUGUAUUUUCCGUCACGCUGUUCGCCGUACCGAACGAAAUCCCUUCUCCAUCGCGACCAACAAAAUUUUUCGAAAAACCUUGGGAUCGUAUCCUUGGCGCGUUAAUCGACGUUUCGUGCGAUCCGAAGGGGAAAAAACCUCUCGCGUGAGAUCGCUACGCGGAUCCAGUCACGCGACAUCGAGAAUACCGUGCGGCUAAGAACGCUACGCAGGAUCGCGUGCGCGAGAUUCCCAAGCUUCGAGUAUCUUUGAAAACACCUAACGAUACGUUUAAUCGUCACGGCACGGUGAACGGCGAACAGUGAACGGCGCGAGUCGACAACCCAGCCGCGACCAUUCUAUCUCGCUCUCCCUCGAGAAUCGCUCGCCUUCCGUUUACAUCGGCGAGCGAAGCAACUCUAGUUCCAGCUUCUCACAUCGUCGCCCUAGUCACCGUCCGUUUGCGUUACGAGACAGACUGUGUAGAGUUUCGCGUGGUGAAAUGUUCGCGCGCCAUCCGACCCACGAUCGGAGAACCGUAGUCGAAGACUCGGGGCUCAACUUCGAGUCGGAGUCGUCGAAUAGACAGGCAGAGGAGGAAGGGUGGGAGGUCUUUGAGCGAACGAACCUACCCAGGACGGAUGCGUUGCAACGAUGGGCGGGCAACAGCGUUUGGUCCAUGGUAUGCGCCAUGGAACUGGGCUUGAUAUCAUCAGACGUUUCCCGAAACAGCGCGCCGUUCCACACGGUGUCGGAUGAACGAUCGCUCGUCCAGACUAACGCCACCGUUUCGAAGCCAUCGUUGCCCUUGGCAAAUGACUGCAUCGAUGCCGCGAGUAAGACCACGAAGAGUACUCGUUCGAGAUCGUCCACCAGGAGGAAACGAAAGUGCAAAUUUCCAUCUAGGUCCAAGGCCAAAUACUCGUCCAUCGGGAAAGCGGUGAAGAAGAGCUCGCGCAAAGGCAGAGCAGAUGAUUCGGCCACCGCGAACAACGACUCCAACACCGUAGAUAAGUUUUGGAGGUCCCGAAAGGCGGGUCUUGACAGGUCGGAGAAACGAACGAACCAAGAGUCCGAAAGUUCGGAACGUUUUCUUCCUGACGAGGCUCGAAACCAACACCACCAUCGAGACUCCGUCGUAGCCGAACGCGACGACAACGAUAACUCGACGAAUCGAUCGAAUCACGCGGCAAACGGCCUCGCCAUGCAAAUUGACGUCCCGCAGACUCGUGCGUCCGAUCAGCAGGUGUCUUACGAAACCGACGCGGCUAACUUCGUUUCUCGCGACUGUGAUCGCACGGAGGAAAGCGAUCUCGGCGCGAUCACGGUGGAGACCUUGGGAACCAUCGAACUCGACGCUUUUCAGACCUCAACGGCCGUCUUCGACGAGCAGAAGGAGCAAACGUUGGUCGACAACGACGAGGACGCAUUUGCACGUCGUUGCACGAAAGAAGAACGUAACGACGAGGCUACCUCGUCGACGAACAACCACGUCGAAGAUGACGCGUCGAUGGCCGAUCGAAUGGAAACCGAGGAUUCGUCGCAGCAACAACCACCGGAGAGCGACAUCAUCGUUGCCCUUGAACGGUUCGACCAAGCCGAAUCGACGAGUUUCGACGACACGGAUACGCUUCCUCUGGCGAAAAGAAUCUCGUCCGAAAGUCGCGCGUCCAGCGAAGGCGAACGAAACAACGAAACGACCAAGCCCGUGAAAAGAGCGGCGAGAAACAACGAGCUGCGGAACAAAGGAUCCAGGUGGAGCGAAGAAUAUUACGAAGUCAGAAGGGUUACGCGUGGAUCGAUGAAAAUCAGCAAGGAUCUUUUCGUCGGCAAGCUGGUGUGGGGCUGUUGUUCGGGAUGGUGGCCAGCGUUAAUUAUCGAUGCCGACCAUGUAGGAAUGUUGUCCGAGGCAGGCAAAUCAUGGGUUUACUGGAUUGGAGAAGCUCGUAUAUCAUUAUUGAAUGAGAAGACUCAGAUCGAGCCGUUCUCGUGCAACCUCAAGAGCCGGCUAACGCAGAAUUCGAACGAAGCGCGAAUGCGCGUCAUCGACGCGACUAUGCAGAUGUUGCGGAGAUUAUUGGGCGGCACUUUAACCAAGCCUUACUUCACCUGGAUCGAGAACAAUUUACCAUGCACGAUCGAAACGUUAGACGAAAUCAAGUUCUACCCAUAUCCAGACAAGAUACAACAGAGAUUGAACAGUCUCAGGGAGAAGAACGCGAAAAUUACGGAGAAAUACUUGCUAGACCAAAAACGUACGUUGUUACUUUCUUCGUUCUCUUUUCUUUUUUUUUCCGCUUCUGUCUCUCCUCCGACGCGAAUAUCAAUUGCUGGAUUUCUUUCGAUAGGCGAAAGCCAAGGGAAAAGGUCGGCUGAAAAAGCGAAAGAUUCGCCGCAACGAGGCAACGUAGAUCUAACGCAUUUGCCGUUGAAAGAACAGAAUCCGGGGAUUAUAGCGUGGGCUAAAAUCGCCGGACACAAUUGGUGGCCAGCGAUGAUUAUCGAUUAUCGUGACUGUUGCAUGCGUGAACCAAGCUUCGGUUGCCAGUGGAUUAUGUGGUACGGUGAUUACCAGCUGUCAGAGGUGCACCAUCAGUUGUUCUUGAGAUUCGACAAGGGCAUGGAGAAAAUGCGCGACUACAUAAAUAAUACGAAAAAGCACAUAUACCUCGUUGGAGUUCUGCAAGCCUGCAAGGAUUAUUGCUCUCGUCUGGGAUUCGAAACCGAGGACUGGACUGUAAACGACGCGUUGAAAUAUUUCGCAAGCAAGAAAGAUUCCAAAAGAUCGUGCGCUCAAAGGAAGGAAGAUUCCGUCAAAAUAUACGAUAAAUAUUCAGCUUGCAUAGCCGAGAAAUUGAACGAGUUGAAGAACAAUGCAAAUGUAGACGAUGACCGGACGAAUGACAUAAAGAACAGUGAUGACUUACGUUCUGCGAUGAACGGAAACAUCGCGUUCGAAUCGUUAUGCCUAAAGUGUCUACGAGUUGCCGAGGGUAAGACGGAAAUUCAUCCAUUCUUCGAGGGAUCUUUGUGCAAAGAUUGCUCGGAUCGCUAUAAGCCCUGCAUGUUCCUUUUCGGCAACGACGCCAAGUGCUUCCACUGCACGGUGUGCGCAGCCUCUGGCAUGAUGAUCAUAUGCGACAGAGAGGAUUGCCCAAGAGUGUAUUGUACCGCCUGCGUGAAACACCUGUUAUGCCCAACGACCUAUGAACAAGUUCUUCAGGAAGAUCCUUGGGAGUGUUUCCUCUGCGCAACUAACGAUAAGCCUCGACCGUCCUUCGACUCGAUCAUCAAGCCACGAGCAAAUUGGAAAGACAAGAUAAUCAAUAUGUUCCGUACGAAUUGCAAAUCUAACCCGCAACAGUUAGUGAAACGUAAUCGGGAGAAGAAAAAGAUACGCGUGCUGUCCUUAUUCGAUGGCCUCGGUACAGGUUUGCUGGUACUUCUCAAGUUAGGUCUAGCCGUGGACACGUAUUACGCGAGCGAGAUCGACCCCGAUGCGUUAAUGGUGAGCGCUGCGCAUUUUGGUGAUCGAAUCGUUCAUUUGGGUAACGUGAAGGAUAUCACGAAGGAAAAGAUUCAAGAAAUUGCGCCUAUCGAUUUAUUAAUCGGUGGAUCACCGUGCAAUGAUCUCAGCUUGGCUAAUCCAGCGCGACUCGGCCUCUAUGAUCCAAAAGGGACUGGUAUUCUGUUCUUCGAGUACUGCCGUAUCAAGGAUCUGCUAAAGAAAAUCAACAAUGAAUGCCAUUUAUUUUGGCUAUAUGAAAAUGUCGCUUCGAUGCCGACCGAAUAUAGAUUGGAAAUUAACAGACAUUUAGGACAAGAACCUGACACGAUAGACUCGGCAGAUUUUUCCCCUCAGCAUAGGUUGAGGUUAUACUGGCAUAAUUUACCGAUAGAAACACACUCAUUGUCUACACAACGAGAACAGGACGUUCAGGAUAUACUUACGCCGCAUUGUCAACGUUAUUCGCUUGUUAAAAAGAUUCGGACUGUUACUACGAGAGUAAACUCGCUAAAACAAGGCAAAUUGGCUUUGAAACCAAUUCUUAUGAAAGACGAAAGUGAUUCCUUGUGGAUAACCGAACUCGAAGAGAUAUUCGGAUUCCCGCGUCACUACACGGACGUGAAGAAUUUAUCGGCGACAAAAAGACAAAGGUUAAUAGGAAAGUCUUGGAGCGUUCAAACACUAACUGCCAUUUUUAGAUCUCUUUGUCCUUUCUUCGAGUGUAAUGCGAUUGAAACGAACUAAUCGUGACACG